UGGAUUUGCCUCUUCUCAUCAGCAGCACUCAGCAGAGAGAGGAAGAGCAAAGAAUUGAGGGAAACGACCUGAGAAGUAGGGAGUAGCUUGUCGUGGCAUCCUCUUUCCUUACACAGAAUCAUUUUUUCGGAAAGAGAAACGAUUCAAAAUUUCACCUUCUCAUCCUCACGCACACGGACAUCUGCAUUUUCAUUUCCUGACAGUCUUUCUUCUCUUUGUCGUUUGAUCUUGCCUUCUUUUGCCUCGGAUAUUAUGAGCUCCAGCUUGCUAGAAAACCCAGUGCAGGCGAUUCUGUACCUGCGGGAGCUUACAACCAUCGUCCAGAACCAGCAGAGUCUCAUUCAGACCCAGCGCGCCCGGAUAGAGGAGCUGGACAGACGAGUGGACGAGCUCCUCGGUGAGAACAGGCACCUGCGGGACGUCAGGGUACAACAACAGCACCCAUACCUUCACCAACACCAUCACCAUCAUCUCCCGGACCCCACCUACCUCCACCAUCACCACCAUCUGCAAGAUCCCCAACUAAAGGACAGUGGAGGGUCUCUACCAGACCAUGCCCCCGCACCAGCACAGGUCGAGGCGCCUCCGGGAAUCCAGCCCCUGCCUGCUAAACCCAUGGACCCGGGGGACAUGCAGCUGGUUCCCGCAGACCCGUCCACGAUUUCCCCCGUGGAAAGCGAGACGGAAAACGGUGGAAGUUGCUGCCGCUCUUUGGUUCCGAUGACCCCAUCUACCCUCUGUCGAUCCCUGACUCUGGCCCGGAAAUCCGAGAGUGAGACGGUGCUGCAUCAGUUUUGCUGCCCCGCCCCAGAACACCCAGAGGCUGAUGCCACCAGCUCAUCUGGCGGACAGAUGCUGAGCCUGGAGGACAGAACGUCCUCUAGUGGAGGAAAGGAAGUGGAGGGAAUCAAGAGGGAAGGGCCCAGCGAAUACGAGAUCAGCCUUGAGAAUAAAAACAAACAGAUAGAAGAGUUGGAGCAGAAGUAUGGAGGACAUAUCAUCGCUAGAAGGGCAGCUCGCCGCAUCCAGACAGCCUUCCGUCAGUACCAACUCAGCAAGAACUUCCAGAAGAUCCGCAACUCGUUGUCAGAGAGCAAACUUCCCCGUCGUAUCUCCCUGCGGCAUCCCAGCCCGUCAGGUCGAAACAGAAAUGCAGCUCAGAGACACAGCUACACCCUCCAUCCAGGAGGAGGACAGAUACCCUUACGCUCAAAAACUCCGCCUCCACCUCCAUGUCGUUCCACUUCUUUGCCCCCGUCUCCUGCGUCCGCCACGACAAACACUUCGACUCAAGGCCAGGCUCCACCUCAAAGCCCCGGGCCAACUCUCACACAGCUGGAAGACUGCUUCUCAGAACAACUUCACUCGUUGGCGCAGUCCAUUGAUGAGGCGCUUCGUGGUUGGAGCUUGUCAGAGAGUGGAGAGGGUAAAGGAUUGCUGAUGGACCCCGGGGCCCUUCGUGCAGCUGCUGAGAGUGCCUGUUUGCCGCGCAGUGCUAGUUCUCUGCUUAUGGCCUUCAGGGAUGUAACUGUUCACAUUGACAGCAAUAGUUCCUACACCAUCUCCUCCACCACCACAACAACCACCACCUCGCUGGGAAAUGCAGGUGGUGGAGAACCUGGCAGCAGGAAGACCUCUGUGAGCGGGGGAGGAGACGGGCAGUCGAUGGAUGAGCCGGAGUUUCCUGCACCCCCACCUAGUGAGGAGCUGGAAAUGGCCGAUCCAGGAUCCAGGAGGGGGUCUGCAGUGCCCUCUGCAGACCGAGCUGGAAUGGAGGGAGAGAGCAGCUCAGACAGAGUAGAGUCCACCUCCACUUCUACCUCUACUUCAGCUUCCAUCUCCACCUCAGUCCAGUCUGAUCAGCAGCCUGGUCAGGUUUACACCCAAUACCAACAGUACCACUACACCCAUCCUCAGCAGAUUACAGGGGGGCCAGGUUCUGAGGCUGUGCAAGCUUUGGUCGUUUCUCUGCCGAGGGAUCGCUGCCAGGACCCAACCUCCUGCCGCUCACCAACCCUGUCCACCGACACUCACAGAAAACGCCUCUAUCGGAUUGGACUCAACCUUUUCAAUGUGAACCCAGAGAGAGGCAUCCACUUCCUGAUAACACGUGGUUUUGUCCCAGACACAGCCAUCGGAGUGGCCCACUUCCUGCUGCAGAGGAAGGGCCUGAGCCGACAGAUGAUUGGAGAGUUCUUGGGGAACAGCAAGCUGCAAUUCAACAGAGAUGUCCUGGACUGCGUUGUGGAUGAGAUGGAUUUCUCCGGCAUGGAGCUCGAUGAAGCGCUGAGAAAGUUCCAGGCUCAUGUUCGUGUUCAGGGAGAAGCACAAAAAGUAGAACGACUCAUCGAAGCUUUUAGUCAGAGGUACUGCAUGUGUAAUCCGGACGUCGUUCAGCAGUUUCACAACCCGGACACCAUUUUCAUUUUGGCCUUCGCUGUAGUCCUCCUCAACACCGACAUGUACUCCCCCAACAUCAAACCGCAUCGCAAGAUGGGCCUUGAUGACUUCAUACGCAAUCUAAGAGGUGUGGAUGACGGAGCAGACAUUCCCAGGGAGAUGGUUGCAGGCAUUUAUGAAAGAAUUCAGCAGAGAGAGCUGCGCUCAAAUGAAGACCAUGUCACUUAUGUGAGCCGUGUGGAACAGUCCAUCCUGGGCCUGAAAACGAUCCUUGCUGUGCCCCACAGACGCUUGGUUUGCUGCUGUCGUCUUUUCGAGGUCCCUGAUGCUAAUAAACCUCACAAGCAGAAACUGUCCCAGCUCCAGAGAGAGGUCUUCCUUUUUAAUGACCUGUUACUGAUCUUGAAGAUGUGUCCCAAAAAGAAAAGCUCAGCCUCUUACACCUUCUGCAAAGCUAUGGGGCUGCUGGGGAUGCAGUUUCACCUCUUCAGCAAUGAGUACUAUGCCCAUGGUAUCACCAUGAUGAGCCCAUUUACCUCAGAGAAGAAGCAGCUGGUGAGUUUCUGCUCUCCAAGUGGAGAAGAGCUCAGAAGGUUUGCAGAAGAGCUCAGAGAAGCCAUUUCGGAAGUCAAUGAGAUGGAGCAGAUACACAUACAGUGGGAAUUGGAGAGGCAACAAGGCAUCCAGCCACACAGCUUACACACAAAUGGUGGUCAAAUGGACAUGCACACUAUACACAGCUCCCCCUCAGGCCAGCAGGAUCCGUACGAUAAAACCAGCAACAACAACACAGUAGAGGUGUCAAUUCACAACAGGCUGCAGACCUAUCAGCUGAGCCACCCCAGCAUUGAGCCCCCUCCCCUCGCCCUGACUGCGCCCCCUGCUCUGCUCAGCCCUGUCCAGCCUGGGGACCUCCGCCCAGAGACACUUAUCCAAUGUCAGCAGAUCGUCAAGGUGAUCGUAGUGGACCAGAGUGGGCGGGGGCGGAUGGAGGCAUUCCUUAGCCAAUCCCCUGCCACUCAUCAACUCAUCCAGUCGGCCAUGUCGACGCCUGUUCGGGUCAGAGAGGGAGACGGCCCCCAACCCCCUUUGCCGCCACCGCCUCCCCCUUACAACCACCCUCACCAGUUCUGUCCACCUGACUCACCCAUGCCCCUUCACCAUACCAUCCCUCUCAUCCGUCGACGCAACUCCAGCGGCUCCCGCAGCAUUGUUUGAGCCGACAGCCCCAAGGACUCAAGCCGGAUCUUCACACCUGAACACAACACUCAGAGCACAAGUCAAUGUGUUUCAAUAUAAAAGCAGCGCAGAACAUUUUGGACACACGAUUUGAGAUAGAGUUUAAAAAAAAAAAACGUUGUCAUGGUGCAGCUCUGAUGCCACUUUGAAAGACUUUUGUCUCUCGUUUCCAAGAUGUCAUCCAAUAACUGGUGUUUUCCUCCCUCAUUUCCUAGAUUUUAACUUUCACUUUUAAAUGUCAGUGUCUGACAAAUGCUUCUGAGAGUGUGGACCAUGAAACUGAAAAACAGUGACAGAAAAAUCUGCUAAAAGGGACACAAUGCUAAAAACUGAAGGACACAGUUGUGCACAGUUUUCAUCAGGGCAACAAUUUUCAUGUGUUUCAUCAUUUCGGUUGUUCUUUAGGUUGUGCAUUGUGAGGAAUUAUUUCUGUGCAGCUAAUUACAUUUUUUUUUUCAUGCCUGCAUAAUGUGAAGAAAAAAAGUACAGUGACAUUUUGGUUCCUUUCUUUUCUAGGGAACAGAUUAUCAGUAUGUGUGAAGCAGAAAAAAAUUAAAACGUGGCCAUGUCCACUCUUUCAUGUGCAGUAACGUGAGUAUGAGUAAGUGCUUCUACUCACAAAGAUCAACUUAAAACAAAGUCUGGAUGACAAUCAUGUUUCUGGGGUCCAUUAUGUGUUCUGCUGAACUGGUGAAGAAUCAUUGGAGUGUUGCUCUGACUGAGCUUAGGAAGGACUGUGCUGCAGUGCAACUAGUGAUGCUGUAUUUUCACCUCUGAGCUGCAAUAAGAGCAAAAUGCCUUUGUUACUGUGUUUAGCUUGCUUGUUUGUGGGCACUGGGUUGGUCAAAGGUGCAAAAAAAAAAAAAAAAAAAAAGAAGGAAAAAAUAAAUUUCAAACCCUUUUAUCACCUUCACAAUUGCCCGUAUAUGUAACCUAAUGGGAAUGUUAAAGUUAUUUUUGGAUUGAGGCCACACAGAAAUAAUUAUUUGAUUGAAUAGUUAAAUUAAAAAAAAAACAAUGUAGGGAUAUAAAUAAGAAGAAAACAUGAAGGUGUUCAUAAACCGAUUAUUGACUUCAUUACUGUGUCAUAUGUUCAGUGUUAACGGUACAAGCUUGAAUCAAUGCGUAGAGCAUCAUCCAGCCGUGACACACAGAACAAAGACUUUUUUUCCUCUACAGAAUAUAUUGGACAUAUUGUAAAUAGAUAUAGAUUUAUUCUGAAAAAGUGAUUGCAUAGUGUGUGUAUCUACGUAUGUAUUUGUACAGAGAAAAUCUAGUUUAAAGAGAAAAAAGAACAAAAUAAUUAUAGCUAUUAUUCACAAAGUAAUUUAGGGAAAAUGCUUCCGCCCCUAUAUGAGAGCCAGAAACAGGCAGCUUUUAUAGAAUAUACUCCCGUUGCCAUGGUACCAGUCACUGACAUUAUAACUGAUCAAAGUUCAUCAAUCGAUUACCAUAUUACAUCAUUACAGUAUUAUUAAGCGACGACUGUGUCACUUGUGAAGGUGUGUAAAGGGCUAUGUUUUAUUGGUCAACACAGUAAAAUAACAAAUCACACCCAUACAUGAGACAGUCACACACAAGUAUAUGAACAACAAACACACAUGCACACACUUACCUACACAACGUCUGCAUAGCUGCCAAAGCAACAAUAAAUGUAACUUAAAUUUACUGCUCAACUUGACAAGUCAGCAGUCCCACUUUAAUUACUAUAAACUAUAAACAGCAUGUUUUCUUUUGUUUAAGUCCUGAACACAGGAGGAGCUUGAUCCUAUGCUUGUGCCAUCAUUGUCAGGGCAUGUUGGGUUGAUUGAUGUCAUUUUCUUCUCUCUUUCUCUUUGCUUCCUGCUUCCUGCCCCCCCCCCCCCCCCAAGUCUUCUCCCUGGUUGUCAUGGAGAUGCACCAAUCUGCAUUCUCUCUGGAGCACCUUCAUUUAAUCUUUGCACCCUCACAAUAUUUUAGAAAUCGAAAUUUCUUUAAAAGCAACAUAUUUAUUAAUGGAAUUUCUAAAAAAAAAUUCUGUUUGAAGAGAACAAAAUAAUAAAGUAGUUUUUACUCUCAGUUU